UUCCAUCAGUUCUUAAAUUCUAAUGUACUGUUUUUGUUUGUUUUUUAGAAGUCGCUAUCAGAGAUGAAGUUGUUCCUAUUAGGGGUGCUGACCGUGUUCAGUGUCACCAUGCUGGUGUCUGGCACAAUGAUGCAGAUGCCAUAUGGGUAUGGAAAUUACGGAAUGCAAUAUUACGGUGGCAAUAGCAGAAGUGGUUUUGGAUCAAGUGGAGGAGGUUUCGGGGGACUCUUCGAAAUGAUCAUAUUCUUGUUUGUGUUCAUUUUACUCAUCCAAGUUCUUUUUGGAGCUCAAUCUGGAACAGGAGUGGGCGGAGGCUUAGGCAAUGUAGGAGGGAGCGGAAAAGGUGGCGGACACAAAUCUGGUGGUGGUGGUGGUAGCAAAUAUGACUAUGACUAUGACUAUGACUAUGACUAUGACUAUGCUGACCUUUAUCCAUAUCAAGAUUAUGCAGAAUAUUAUUAGAACAGGAACGAAUAUGAUAGAAUGAUUUGCGGCAUAUAUUUCCGUAAGAACGGAAGUGUGUAUGGAUAUGAGCAGGAUGAAAGGAUGAUAUAUCAUUGGGUAUAAAGUGUUAUCUACAUGACUGAUUAAAUAUUUAAUAGAA